UAGUGAAUAGAACAUCCAGAAACUACUUGGCAUUUUCCUCUUAGUGCUUCCACCCAAUUUAACACCUUUGUUUGCUUCCUCUGCUCGCCUUUGCUUCUUCCUUCCAUCCACCCAAAUGGAUAUCCAAAACUUCUUCACGUCCCAAAAACGUUCCCAUAUAUGCAUUUUGUUCAUCAUCUUCACCAACUUAGCCAAGCGCGCUCUAUCCGUUAACCAAAAAUUCCAAGACUGCGCUCCUCGUGGUUGUGGAAAUGGCCCAAACAUAAGCUACCCCUUUUGGAUACUUGAUGAACAGGAAUCUUUCUGUGGCUACCCCAGCUUUGGUAUUACCUGCAACGAGCAAAACCCAGUUCUGAAAAUUUCCAAUGAUGAAUAUAUCAUUAAAGAUAUCUUUUACUCCAACCAUUCACUUCUCUUGGCCAAUGCCGCCGCCUAUAGGGACGCAUGCCCUACUCCUUUGCAUAACGUUAGCCUUGAUCGAACCCCAUUUAAUCUUAGUAUGUAUCGUAGUGAUUUCUCCAUCUUCUACAACUGCACUUCACUGCCUCAAUACCCCACAUAUGGGUUAGACUGUGCUAGCAAUGGUACGACCCUUCAUUCUUUAGCUGUUUUCUAUGAGAAAGCAUUGGAGGUUAACUAUCCGUGGGAAAAAAGGUGCCAGUCUUUGGUUGAUGUGCCAGUGGAUAUGCUUUUUGGUGUCAACUUGACAAGCUUGUCGCAAAUGAAUUAUACUGAAAUUUUGAAGAUGGGUUUCUUGUUAAAUUGGACUGCACCUAACUGCAGCAGUUGUGAGAAAAGUGGUGGACGCUGUGGCUUCGAUAAUGGUGAAUUUGUUUGUUUUUGCCAAGACUGGGCUCAUCACAACACCUGCGAUGAUGGGAGUCGAAGAUCCAAAGUAAUGAUAAUAGUACUAGUUGCUUUAUCGGCUGGAAUUGGAGUUUUGAUGGUUACAAUAUGCUGCUUCAAGAGAAAGCUCUCAUCAAGCAAAAUUAUUUGUUUUUGGAAGAAGGAAAGUCAAAACCACAAGAGUGUCGAGGCCUUUUUAAGGAACAAUGGACCUCUUGCUAUUAGAAGAUACAGUUACUCAAAUAUCAAGAAAAUGACCAACUUCUUCAGAGAUAAAUUAGGCGAAGGGGGCUUUGGUGGUGUCUAUAAGGGAAAGCUACAAGAUGGCUCUCUUGUGGCAGUAAAGGUUUUGAAAGAAUCAAGAGGUAAUGGAGAGGAAUUCAUUAACGAGGUUGCAAGCAUUAGUAGGACGUCUCAUGUCAACAUUGUCACUCUUAUGGGCUUUUGUUUUGAGGGUCCUAAAAGAGCUCUUAUCUAUGAGUUUAUGCCUAAUGGAUCACUCGAGAAAUUCAUAUACAAAAAAAAUCCCUCCAGGGCUGAUUGUCGAUUAGAAUGGGAAACUACAUACAAGAUUGCACUUGGCAUUGCUCAUGGACUAGAUUAUUUACAUAAAGGUUGCAACACACGAAUCUUGCAUUUUGACAUAAAACCUCACAACAUUCUUUUAGAUGAGAAUUUCUGUCCAAAAAUUUCUGAUUUUGGCCUUGCAAAAAUAUGCGCUAAAGAAGAGAGUAUCAUAUCCAUGUUGGGUGCAAGAGGAACCGCAGGAUAUGUAGCACCAGAACUUAUUUGUAGAAAUAUUGGGAGGGUCUCUCACAAGUCAGAUGUUUAUAGCUAUGGAAUGAUGGUUUUAGAAAUGGUUGGGGGGAGGAAGAAUGUUGAUAUUGGGGUUGAUCAUACUAGUGAAUUAUAUUUUCCACAUUGGAUUUACAAGCGUCUUGAACUAGAAGAAGAACUGGGAUUGGAGGGCCUUAUGAAGGAAGAUGACAAAGAAACUGCAAGGAAACUGAUAAUAGUGAGUUUGUGGUGUAUACAGACUGACCCUUUAAACCGACCACCAAUGAGUAGAGUCGUGAAAUAUGUUGAAAGGAAGCCUCGAUUCCUUACAUAUCCCACCCAAGCCGUUCUUGUCUUCCCCGCCAAGGUCACUCACAUAUCAAUCAACUACAAUGGAAUCAUCGAUCAUGGAUCAUUCUUAAAUGUUGAAAGAGAAAUCUUAGUGCUAGAUAAUAACCGAGAAUUUUCAUGAAUUGUAUCAAUUAUUAGCUUGUUAAUUCGAA